GAAUUUUAAGAUUAAAGUCUGUAGUGAAUGCUCCAAUAAAUCUGGAAGUUUGCGAUGCAUUAUAUGAGCUUAACCAAUUUGAGAAAGCUAAAGCUGAACUUCAUAAUAACAAGCGAGUAUUCACUGGUAACAAGACCAAAGCAUUUGAGGACAGGUUGAUUGUGGUUGAUGAAAAUAUAAAAGAUGCCUGCGGGGAUGGCCUAAGCCCAUUUAUAUUAGAGAACGAACGCAUGAUGUCCCACGUGAAAGACUUGCUUAACGAAAAAUUGAAGGUUGACAAUCGCCCUUUGUGGAAAGUCUUAAAGGAACAAAAUAAAUGCGAUAUAUUAAGCGUUCCUGAAUCCAAAGAGGAAUUAUUGAGCCCAUUAGAAAUGGCAAGACGAAAACGUGCCUUUGAUAUUUGCUACCAGGUAUAUAUUGACAAAUCAUGGAUAGACAUUCUUUUUUUAAAGAACUUAAGAAACAACCCAAGUUUGCUUUUGGAUCAGUGCAAAAUAUCCAAAGAUUUUCUGAGUACAAUGGUGGCUAAACAAUACGAGGUCGUUAAGAAGUUUUUGAAAAUUAUACAAGCUCGAUCACCAAUGUAUUACGUGCGGUACAAAAAGUAUUCCAACAAAGAUCGGUUACUCAAGUUCAGAGAGGCGCUUCUCAAUCGAAUACAGUAUCAAACAAGAAGAAACAUGAUUUCUGUUUUACAAACUAUUAGACGUCUUCGGUUCCAAAAAAAUUUGACGGGCAACUGA